AUGAUCCUGGAGAGCGACUCGCUAUGGAAAGAGGACAUCAACAGCAAGAUUCGUAAGCUCGAAUCUGCAGUUGAGAAAUUAGCCAGUCAUACCUCCUUGUCUGAUCUGCUCGAUUCCGUGGAAGACGGAGACGCAGAAGAUGAAGAAGGUUCAGGCCCAAAGAGUAUCCCUCCCCCUUCUACUCAGGUAUCGCCUCAAACCGAGAAGAAUACGCCGCAUAACUUCGAGAUCGUGAUGGACGACGAUUCAGGUCCGGCAGCAAUACCUGGCUCUGUGGUCUCACCUGUUGGAUGGCCAGCGGUCGAGCAGAAUCGUGCAGAGCAAGACAUAAUCAACAGAGGUGUCUUGACCGUCGAGCAAGCACAGAGCUACCUCGACGUCUAUCAGAAUCGACUCGACCAUUUUCUGUACCGCAUCAUUGGAGACCGACGAGAUCUAGUGCAAGUCCGUACUGGAUCUCCUCUUCUACUUGCUGCAAUUUGUGCCGUGGGCGCAUUGCAUGUCGCAUCACCGGACUUCGAGAAAUGCUAUGAGCACUUUGUCAGUGUUGCAGCUGCACAGACCUUCUCCAGAAGCAACAACGUAGACGACAUCCGCGGCUUGUGCGUGGGAGCAUUCUGGUUGAGUGGCAUCUCUUGGACUUGUAUCGGGAUCGCUGUGCGCAUCAGCACGGAAAUUGGACUACACCGGAGCAUCUCCAAAGCUCUGGCAGGCGAUCGCAACCAUUAUCUCCGCACGAGGCUGUACUAUCUUGUAUGGGUGUGCGACCACCAUUUUUCCAUCGCUUACGGAAGACCACCCAUGACCAGACAAGAUGACUCUAUCCGGGCUUCGCUGCAAUUCCUCGAGACCGAGAAUGCGGUUGAAGAUGAUGCAAGGCUAGUCAGCCAAGUACAAUUCUGGGCUGUCGGCAGGGACGUCUACGAAACCUUUGGCGUGGAUGUCGAACGGCCCUUAAACCAGCAAAUGAUCGAGCCUCUGCGUCGUUACAGCAUCCGGCUUGACAAUCUUCGCGCUGACUGGACUGAACGGUUCGGGUACAACGAGUUUGUUGGCAACUACCCAAGAAAGGGGGUUGGACUACAUUACCACUUCGCCAAACUAUACCUCUAUUCAUUCGCGUUCAGAGGGAUCAGCAGACCGGGCUGGAAGACGCCAGACAUCGCUCUCGACAUCGACGAGCUCGCCAACUCGGCUCUGCUUUCGGCCACAGCCAUACUCCGAGCAGUCGUUUCCGAUGCAGAAAUCCAAUCAUACCUCAACGGGCUACCCACCUACUUUGACGUGAUGAUCGCAUUCGCCGUCGUCUUCGUUCUAAAGGUCUCUACCAAGUACGCGACAUCCGUUCGCGUAGACACCAGCGAGAUCCGUACCCUCGUAGCACAGCUCGUCGACGUCUUGAAGAAUGUCACAACCGCAAUGCAUUCUCGUCACCUGCUCGUGAGCGUGGCACGAGGCGCAGAACAACUGCUGAACAGAUGCUGUCCAUCAAACGCACAGAUCUCUGUUGCUCCAUUGCCGUCGAACGCCCAUGUGACCAUGUCACAAGCUCCGCAGCCUACUUUCGAUGAUGGGCUCUACGAUAUGUCUGCAGCUUGGGAUGGAUCAUUUGGCAAUUUCUACAUGGGAGAGUUUGACUUCUUAUCAUCUCAGGAGCCUUGCGCCUUUCUUCCAGACAUGCAGUAUCAGUCAGCGCCGCAGACUUGA